UAUAUUCCGUGAAAGAGACCUACAUGUUUUAAGUCUGAACGCCGUGACGUGAUAAGCCUGUGACGUCACAAUGGAUCCUGGUCCGACAUGGAAGAAAAUGUUACCCCUUUCAAUUGUUGUGGUGGUUUUUCUGUGUACUGGAGCGCUCGUGUUCAGCGCCUUGGAAGGAGAUCCGGAACUGGAGAGGAGGCAGGUGCUCAGGGAAUAUCUCAAUAGAUUCCUCAGAAACCACACGUGCAUUGAUUCUGACGAACUACACGAACUGCUGUCGGAAGUGGACACUGAAAUCAACUUUGCUUUGCGCAUGAUCAGAAACAAGACGAUAUACACACAAUGGGAUUUUUCGGGUUCAUUCUCUUUUGUCAUCACUGUUGUCACCACCAUAGGGUACGGAAAUCUGGCACCACGGACGGGUCUGGGAAAGGUGGCUGUCGUAGUGUUUGCCUUCAUCGGGAUACCUAUCACAAUGAUAAUGAUCUCCUAUAUAGGACAAUUGUUGACCAGACUUUCUAAACGGGUCAACAAGUGCAACCUGUGUUCGUCAAAGCCAAUGGUAAACAAGGUGCUCAAUAUCGUGCUGAUUAUAACGCUAGGAAUCACCAUGCUGUUUGGAAUCCCUGCCUUUAUAUUUAAUCAAGUGGAGAAGUGGGACUUCUUGGAGGGAUUGUACUAUUGUUUCGUUACAUUAUCUACGAUAGGGUUCGGUGAUUACAUUGCAGCUAUAUCUGAGAACCGCCUGAGUGAUCGCGGGGCUGGUGACGUGUACCGGGUGGUGACGUAUGUAUGGAUACUGUUUGGACUCUCCUAUCUGUCCCUCGUCAUAUCUUACAUUACAGAGGUCUUCAUUAAAAAAGCAGAGAAGAUGGAAAACUUCACCAAGAAUAAAUUUGAGAAUGAAAUCAACAAACUUCAGGACGAAAUCACAAAAACCAAGAGAACAGUACAACAGAAAGCGUCUACAGUUAAAACUAGUGUCAACCGUAAAAUGCGAGACACUCAUUCUCCAAAGUUAACAAGGGGAGAUGCUUUCGACCAAAAGGACGGCAAAAACGGCGUACAGCUGCUCAGAGUGACUUUCAUCUCAGAAGGCAGAGAAAACACAAUCUGUUCAUGA